AUGGACGAAUACUAUGGCGGCCUGGGCCCCAUGGUAAAUGCAGUAUUGUGGGUGCAUGUCGUCGUCUUUGCGGUCUUCGUCGGCCUGAGAAUCUACACCCGUGCUAUGAUUCUUAAUUCGGUUGGUGUUGAUGAUUAUCUGGUAGUGGUCGCUUUGGUCUUCCAGAUCGUUUAUAGCGCCUUCGUCAGCCACGCGACACGAUACGGACUCGGACGACUUUUCCUGGACAUCAACAAUCCCCCGAUUUACUUCGAAGCUGUCAAAUAUGAAGUCUUCAGUCAGACCGCCGGUAUCAUGGUCAUUGGGGUGGGCAAGCUGGCCGUCGGUGUAUUCCUCCUGCGAAUUGUGCGAAACACGAUCCAAAUUGUCUUCAUCUGGGCCUUCCUCGCUGGAACCGUCUUCAUCACCCUCUUUGCAAGCAUUGUAGUCAUUGUUCAGUGCAUCCCGAUCGAGAAAACAUGGAACAAUUCAACCCCAGGACACUGCUGGAUCGAUUUCUCCAAAGUCGGCCUCACUGUCGGAUCUUGGUUCGUCGUUGCUGAUUUUGCCUUCGCUAUACUGCCCUGGUUUGUCAUCUGGGAUCUCAACAUGAAGCGAAAGGAGAAGAUCACAGUCGCAUGUGGUCUUAGUCUUGGUGUCUUCGCCGGUAUCUGCGGAAUCGUGCGAACAGUGGCGCUGAACGGACUGAAUGCACAGGAGUAUAUUCAUGACACCGUGCCCAUGCUCAUUUGGUCGGCCACCGAGAGUACCGUCACCAUCAUGUGCUCAUCGAUCCCCGUCCUGCGACCUCUUUACGUCCGCUUCCGCUACGGAAGCAAGGGCGACAGCAGCACCGGACAGUCUGGCGGCAAGACCUCCUAUCGUCUCCCGAUGUACGGCAACAACAGCCGCAAGUACGCAUUGGGCUCGCACGCGGCUGCAGAGGGACAGGCAGGCCCUGCUCAUCAAGCACAUAUUACCUACGGCGCAAAUGACAGCGAUGAGAGUAUUCUACGGGAUGCGAAGGGCCAGCUGUCUUCCGGCAAAGGGAUCAGGAGAACCGACGAGGUCUCCGUCAGCUACUCGGCAUAA